GUAGACUGUCCACCCUCUACUGGAAGCCACUGGUCGCCCCUGGUCUAGGCGGUCAAGGGAGUCUAGAUCUAGUUAGAUCUACAGGCUGAAGUAGGGACACUAGGCCCUAGCCUCCCCCAUAGGUGUUUUUUUUUUUUGGAGUGACAUCAUGCCCAAGCCCUGGCUGUUCCCCAGUGGAGUUCACAGACUGGCUUAAUGAGCCCCUCAGGUGCAUGCCUCAAGCCAGCUGUCCUAGUCUUCUGAUGUCUGGGAAACAAAAAUAGUUCCAAGAAAUGAGCAGCCUCAUUGUAUGGGGUUACCCCAUUUCAGCCUCUGCCCCCAGGACUCUCAGAAGCAAGGUGACAGGGUCCGACUGUCAUAUCUAAUCUCACCUACCCAGACAGUUUUAAUUAUGAGCAUGCAUCAGUGAUCCUAGAAUCCAGAUUCAUUACAAGUUUCAGAAGAGGGAAUGCACCUAGCCUGGCAGUACUUUAUGAUAGGGGAAGGGCUUUCUUCUCAUCUUGUUCUUCCCCUCAAACAGCUCUGUAAACCAGGACUGAUUUUAUCAUCCCCAGAAAAGGAAUGAGCACACUGAAGCUUCCCACUGUAAACUUGGUGGGCAGAGCACCAGGGCUCAGUCAGGAUUUCCAACUAUAAAGCCCAGGCUGGCUUCGGGACCAGUUCUAGAGAUGGCAAAGGAUUGUUGUGCUCUGGUCAUUACAGACAUCACUAAUCAAUCAUGGCAUGGCAGACAUUGCUAAUCAAUUGUAGUUCUCUUCUAUUUUUAUUUAUUUACCUAUUUAUUAAGAGACACCACCACUUAUAGUCCAGGCUAGCCUCCAACUCUCUGUGUAGCUAUAAAUGGACUUGAACUUCUGAUCCUCUUGCCUCCAUUUCCCAAAUGCUAGGAUUGUUUAGUACUGGCUGCCCUGUAACUUGAUAGCCUCUAACUCAUAGACACCCUCCUGGCUCUGGAAUCUAAAGGUGUGCACACCAUGCCAGCCCUGACUGUUUAUUUUUGCAGUCAUGCCUGCCACAUUGGUCUCAGAGAUUUCAGAGUGGUUGCAUUGUCUCAGUUCCUUUGUCAAGCCUGGGAACUUUUACUAUGUAGCCCAGGUUGGCCUCAAACUCAUGGGUGAUCCUCCUGCCUCUGCUUCUGUAGUGCAAGCAGGGCACUGACCACACCCAGCCCCAAGUCUGGGAAUUUGUUCCAUCCUACCACAUCCUUUACAGAUGAAGAAACUAAAGUUCAGAGAAGAUGAGUCACCUUCUCAAAGCUGCACAGCUCCAGUGUGGACUGUGAACCGAGGGCUCCCCAAGAGAUUAUGGGGGCUCCUUCAUGCACCCCCAUGCACCCCACCCGCAACCCCGCUUUUCCUCAGUUCUGCCCCUGGCAGCCUGCCAGCCCUCCCCAGGUACUGCCUUGUUCCUCAUGUCUACCGUCCACCAUCCUUCUUCCAGAGAAAGGGUCAACCGGAAGGCAGUUCACGUUAGGAAGUUCCAGCCACGUGAGCAAGCAAGAGCCAAGGAUUCUGGGCAGCCGGUGGCUUUAGGAGAAACUGAAACUGGGUGUGCUGGGGGCGGAGUGGUCACUGGGAAUUUAAAGAGCCACCACUUCCUUGGGCCUCCAGAGGGCACUGGGAGGGCAAGGCUGCUGAGGGACACCCAGGACCGGAUUGAACCUCUGCUCCCCUGCCUAAGCCAUGCAACUCUGUGGGAGCGGUGCGCUGCUGACUGGGCCAGACCCUGAGGAGUGUCAGAAGCAGCUGAAGAAGAAGCAGAAGAACCGGCUGGCUGCGCAGCGCAGCCGGCAGAAGCACACCGACAAGGCAGAUGCCCUGCACCAGCAGCACGAGUCCUUGGAGAAACACAACCACGCCCUUCGGAAGGAGAUCCAGGUCUUGCAGGCUGAGCUGGCACGGUGGGGCCGGACACUGCAUCUGCAUGAACGCCUGUGCCGAGUGGACGGUGGCUCCUGCCCCGCUCCGCUGCCCUCUGGAUGCCCAGCCCAGGCCGAGCAACUCCCGGACCCUGCCUCCCAUGGAUACCGUGGCUGCCAGGAAGAGCCGGGCCUGUUCCAGACUCCUGGCUCCUCUCCCCCAGCCCAGCAACUCUCUCCAAGUCCGUGUUUCCACGAGUCCCCUGGCCUCCGCCCUUCCCCACUGCCCUUGCUGUCCUUUGACCCUCUCAUGAUGAGGGCCCCUCUAGCCCAGCUGUGCCCCAGCCCUGUACUGUCCGCAUCACCCCCUGGCUCCAGCCUGCUGGGGUCUUUCUCUAAGUCUGAUGCCCUCAUGCCCAGCCCCCCAGGCCAGCUGGGCUCUCCUCAGCCCCUCAGGCUGGAGCAUCCCACCAGCAGGAAGCUGGCAUCCUCCUCCAGCGCUCCAGCUGCUCUGGGACCAGAGUGUCCGCAGAACACAGAGCGCUUGCCUGCACUGUCUGGCUCCUCGGCAGACUGGCAGAAGCCGUCUGUGGACCCUAGCCCACACCCCCGCGGGGCCUUCCCGCUGCUCUCUUCUGCAAAAGUCCUCUUCUAGCCUGUACCUAGAGCUAGGCUGCCUUCCCUGAGUUCCUGAAGCAGCCUCAGCACGCAGGCAGCGCCUCCAUUUCUGCUUGAGUCACCGAGUGCCUACUGCUGUGGACCAAGCAAAGCCAUCCUCUCCCUCAGCAGAGGCUACAGGAAAAGAUGAUGGGGCAGGGCAGACGCAAGAACCUUGAACCUGGCUGCAGUACUGCCUGUGUUUUUCUUGGUGGCUCUUCCAGCCCUGGACAGUACCAGGUCCUGUUACCCUCCAGCUCCCCUAAAGAGGCUCCUUCAUGACUCUUGGGACUGGGGCCAUGACAGCUCAGAGAGUCGGUGGAGCUCUGCAGGGUUAUCAGCUCCGAAAGGGCGGUCAUUCCCACCCAGCACCCCAAAGUGCCUCGAGCUCUUCACUAGGGUUUCACACAUGGAACUGAGUGAGAUGGUGUGUCAGAAGUGGACUCACUCUAGGAUCAGAACACACAUCUCAGCACUUGUGAUGCUAAAAAAAAAGUAUUUCCCAGGCCCCUUUGUUUUUCUGGGUUGUUGAAAAUUGGUUACACUCUGUUGAUUAUAUAUAUUAUAUAAACAUAUGCGGUGGAAUAAUCUUUCUGUACAUAUGUCACUAUGAUUGGUUUAAUA